AAGAGGAGUUCAAGGUAUUUAUCAAACUGUUGCAAGAGGGAACUACUUUUGAUAAGCGGAGUCCAAUCCUACUAACCAAAGCGCUACAUAAAGAUAUUGGGGAGAGCUUCAAAAUGAGUAGCCGAGUGGCUGGAAAACCCAGAGAGAUGGAGAAGGAGGAGGAGAAGAAGGAGGAGAAAAAGGAGGAGGAGAAGAAAGAAGAGGAGGAGGAGAAGGAGGACUUUUACGACUGCCAGGAGACUCUGGAGCCUCCAGCCAGACAGGAAUCAGCAGUGGAGGAAGAGGAGGACUUUCACAUUAAAACCAUCAUACCAACUGACAGAAGAGAGAGAGAGGAGCAGGGAGACAGGCUGCUGGAGGAGGGAGACAGGCUGGAGGAGCAGGGAGACAGGCUGCAGGAGGAGCAGGGAGACAGGCUGCAGGAGGAGCAGUUAGACAGGCUGCAGGAGGAGCAGGGAGACAGGCUGCAGGAGGACUCAGACUCCGAGAUGAAGGCAGAGGACAGUCAGCAGGAGGAGUUUGACGAUGAUUACCUGAGGGAGGUGGAGAAGGAGCUGACGGAGGAGGAGAAACAGAGUCGCCAGCAGCAGAGUUUAGCUCUCAAGGAAAAGGGCAACAGCCAGUUUAAAGCUGGAGACUGGGCGGAGGCUGAGCGGAGCUACACAGAGGCGUUGGGUUUCUGUCCGGUCUGUUUCAGCCGAGAGAGAGCCGUGCUGUUCUCCAACAGAGCUGCUGCCAGACUGCACCUGGAGCUGAAGGACUCAGCGAUCUCCGACUGCUCCAGAGCGAUAGAGCUGAACCCAGACUACGUGCGGGCGCUGCUGAGGAGGGCCGAGCUGUACGAGCAGACUGAGAAGCUGGACGAGGCUCUGGAGGACUACAAGAAGGUUCUGGACCUGGACCGGAACCAGACCAGCGCCAGACAGGCCUGCAUGAGGCUGCCUCAGCAGAUUCAGGAGAGAAAUGAGAAGCUGAAGGAGGAGAUGCUGAGUAAGCUGAAGGACCUGGGGAACAUGGUGCUGAGACCGUUCGGUCUCUCCACCAACAACUUCCAGGUCAACCAGGACGCCGGCACCGGCUCGUACUCCAUCAACUUCGUCCAGAACCCCAACAACAACAGAUGACAUCACACGGCCAGCGAUGACAUCACACGGCCAGCGAUGACAUCACAGCCCUGCAGGCUGAUUGAUUAGUUCCCUGUUUGUGUUGUUUCCUUCAGGAGAGUCAACCACAGAGAUUUGUUUUUGUAUUUAAGCUGUUUGAAUAAAGUUAGUUUGAAUCCUGA